AAGAGUUUAUUUUAUGUCGUGAAUCGUGUUAUUAAAAGUUAAAGAAUAAUAUAAUUGUAUUCUAUUUUACAGUUUAUAGAGUAACAAUUGAUUUUUAAGUAUCAUCUUAUAGUAUUUAUUAAAUAAAAUAAAAACGAACGCAUGACAGUGUAAUCAUGUCUGACGACAAAGAUAGCUCUGUCCCGCCAACUCAAGACAAGAUUGAAUUUAAAAAGCCUGUCCUUAUUGGUCGAAUAGGUAAACUUCCUAAAAAAGUGAAGAUCGAUGAGGAGAACCCACCAGAAAGUAGUAGCCAAGAGAAAAGGAACGAAAAUACAUCGGAAUUAAGUGUUAAAAGUUCAUUGCCGCCUGCUGUUUUGUUGAAGGAAAUAUUAACUCCUAUACCCUAUAAAGAGCCUAAAUGGUCCGGGUUGUGUCCUGACGGUUCCGAAUAUGGCUUGGAAGUUUUGAAAUCAGGAAUGAUACUUGAAAAGAUUGAGCUGACAAAUAAACCAUACUACGUGUUUGGACGACUUGCAAAUUGUGAUGUUGUGAUGGGACAUCCAACUGUUUCCAGGCAUCACGCAGUCCUCCAGUACAAAGCCUUUGCAGAAGAUGGAGAGCCAGCUUCCGGCUGGUAUAUAUAUGACCUCGGCAGCACACAUGGAACAUUCAUCAACAAGCAGAAAGUUAAACAGAAUCACUAUUUUAGGGUCAGAGUUGGUCAUCAGAUCAAAUUUGGGUCAAGUACAAGAACAUACAUUGUCUUAGGUCCCGAUUUCGAUAGCGAAGGUGAAUCAGAGUUGACGGUUACGGAGAUAAAGCAGCGUGCAGUGAAUAUGAAGUUGGAAAGAGAAAGGAUGAUACAAGAGGCCGCCGAACAGAGAGAGAGGAACAGAUUGGAGGAGGAGAAACGCAGGGACGAACAGGGUAUUGAUUGGGGAAUGGGCGAAGACGCAGAGAACGAGACCGACUUAGCAGACAACCCAUACGCUUCAACCGCUAAUGAGGAGCUGUACCUGGAUGACCCUAAGAAGACGCUCAGAGGUUACUUCGAGAGGGAGGGAUACGAGCUCGUGUAUGACUGUGAGGAGAGGGGAGUUGGACAGUUCCUUUGUAGGGUGGAGCUGCCGCUGGAGCAGGCGUCGGGCGGCUGCGUGCGGGCGGAGGCGCUGCACCGCGGGAAGAAGAAGGACGCCGUGGUGGCGUGCGCGCUGGAGGCCUGCCGCCUGCUGGACCGCGCGGGGCUGCUGCGGCAGGCCAAGCACGAAUCUCGUCGCAGGAAGCAACGCGAUUGGAGCGCUGACGACUAUUACGACUCCGACGAGGACACGUUUCUGGACCGAACGGGCAGCGUGGAGAAGAAACGACGGGCUAGGAUGGAGAAGCAUGGUGCUGUCGAGCAGGAAGUCAACAAACCACUGACUUACGACGACCUUCUUAAACAGAUAACAGAUAUAGAAAACAAGAUAUCCGCAGAAGAGAAAACAUUAGAACGUCUCAGGGCUACGAAUAAACCAACAAAGGAGACGAUGGAAGGAGAGGAUGCCCUGGACGAAUUCAUGAGUACUCUGGGUAAACAGGGGCAGAGUAUGGCGCAAAAGGCUGAAAUAUCAAAAACGAAGAUGAGCAUACAAAAGCUUAAAGCGGAGCUAUCGAAAACACAGCGGCUGGCUGAGCUUGCACGGCCUACGAACGCGCUGCCACAACUUAAGAAGGAUGAUACAAAAAUGGCCGUCAAACAAACCAACUCUGUAAUUUAUGGCAAAAGGUUACGGUUAAAAGAGGACAAAGAAAAGCAACCAAAAGUUAAAAAGGAAACGAAAGAAGAAGAAGAAUUUGUUGAAGAAAUGGACUCGGAUGAAGAACCAGAACCUUCUAAAGAAGUAACUGUUAAGAAAGAAGUAAAAUCGGAAGACAGUAUACCAGAAGCUAAGAAAGAAGAAAAAGUACAGACGGAAAAGAAAAUUUACGGUCCAAUGCGACCUCCAGAGAAUUAUGUUGUACCUGAUAAUUAUUUUGACCAAGAAACAGACAGAGAUCUACCAGAAAUAGAAGAAAAAGAAACAUAACAAUAAUAAAAACUUGAUACUAA